AUGGACUUUCGACCGUCGCGUUCGAGUUUCCAUGAUUUUAGAGAUCGCCGUGCUUUCGUCAGAUCUUCAGCCGCUAUGCCCGAGCUUUCUUUUGCUUCGCACGGCCCGUUACCUAUAGCUUCUCGAUCUAACAUGAACACUGCUCCGCCACCACUGCCUCCACCGCCAAGCAUCCCCGACCUGGAGAACGGGUAUGACGCUGGCUGGCAUCACGCAAACUCGGAACCUUCAACUUCUCUCCCACCUAUCCAAUCCAAUUCUAGCUUAUUAGGCGGCCAUCGACUACCCGAGACUGCGUCACAGGGUGAUUCUAUGCAAAUCGAUGAGUGUGAGGGGAGGCAGAGCGCCCCCAUUUUGCGAAGCCCCGAAGCUCAGAUUAACAUUGAGCCGCCUCCAGUCACGGAGGGAUUACCAAGUUUAAUGUCGAUCAACACGAAUCUGACAGGUCCAGUCCUGAGUGGCGAACGCGACUUUUCCCUACGGAGUGUGAAAGACUCGUCAAAUGCAUACGAUCAGCAUCUACUAUCAAAAAUCGGAAAGCCCCUUUCACCGCGGGGAUCUAUCAGUCUAGGAACAGAUAACCGAGGUUCACAAUCUGCACUCACCGUUCCAUCCGUUGCAUCACGAUGCUCCAGCAAUCUCCCAUCCCCAGGGCCAUCAGAAGGAGCAACACUCGAUGUGAAAUGGUUCAACAGCCCUCAAUCAGGAGGCGUUUCGCCCAGGACGAAGCCCGGGUGGCGAGAACAUAUCGAAGGCCGAAGCCCAAGUGUGGAAAGCAAUACGCCAUCAACAGCGCUGGACUACGACCAGGGAUCAAUGCGGGAUAUUGGGCGGCAGCGGUAUCGAGGAACGACACCAUCGCGGGAGGAUAGCAUCAGUCUACCGAGCCGAUCGAACCGCGGAAGCUAUGACCAUGGCGUGUUUUCGGAUAUUGAGGGGGAGUUCUCGACCGAUGAACCGGCGCCACCGCGCCAAUUCAUUCUCCGAGAACCCACUCCACCGUAUCCGGAUUCAAGGCAGGGCAUGAAGCGAAGGGCUUCGUCGCCUCCGCGGGAACCCAUGAGCGAUGAGAGGCAUACGCUGCAUGUUACCACGAGUAAUGGCGAUUUGUCGCAGAGAAGGACGAGCGGUCAUCCAUUCACGAAUACGCUGUCUGUUAACCCCAACUAUCCCAUCAGCCAGCGAACGCUCUCGGCUGCUUCGUCUUUAAGUAUCCGAACAUCGGGUUCGUAUUCGUCUACGCUAUCCAUUGGGGGUAGCAGCAUGACUAGUCUUUCGCCGUAUGAUCAACGAUCACCCGGUGGUCUUUCCCCAAGCUCCGAUCUCGAUACCUAUCACGAAAAAUCGAUCCUCAACCCUAGUUCUCCUGCAGCACUGGUUCAGCCAACAAUUGCACGGGGUCUUCCUGGACCAGCAUCCCUCGAGCCGCCUACAACAGAUGCCACCGGUAAACUGUCUGUACCAACAACGAUCUUAAACAUUCCAAAGCCCCCAGCAUCAAAGAUCGGCGGCCUAUUCAUUUGCGACUGUUGUCCAAAGAAACCCAAGAAGUUCGACAAUCCAGACGACCUCCGCUCCCACGAAAUGGAAAAGCAAUACGCAUGCGCCUACUGCAACAACCGCUUCAAAAACAAAAACGAAGCAGAACGCCACCAAAACUCCCUUCACCUCCGCCGCCACUCCUGGUCCUGCGCAGCUCUUGUCUCCUUCCAAGCGGCAUUCCACGCCUCAGGUGCACAAUCAUGCCAAACCAAUGCCGGCUCUUCACACGAUACAUGCGGCUACUGCGGCGAGGAAUUCCCUAAUUUCCCAUCUCCCGAUUGGGAUGCCCGCUUCGAGCAUUUGACUACUGUGCAUAAGUACGGCGAGUGCAACAAUGCCAAGAAGUUUUUCCGGGCCGAUCAUUUCCGUCAGCAUCUUAAGCAUAGCCAUGCUGGGACUAGUGGAAAGUGGACUAAUAUUUUGGAGAAUGCUUGUAUGAAGGAGGAGCAGCCUGAUAAACCGAGGGAUCAGAGUGGUGGGGGGUUGUCGUCGAAUGCUAUUUCCGAGGUUUUGAGUGAACAGUGA